AUGGCGCUUAAAUACACCCCGAAACUGUGCACAGUUCCAAAGAUUGAGCAAAUAACUACGCCGAACAAAAACAUACAAAGCUUCUUUAUGAGAAGCGAUGUCUCGUUCUAUGUUGACGAAAAGUAUAGAAUGGGAAACUACAAGGCAGAUGAGGAGAUAAUCCACAUUGUGGUUUGGAACAACAAGCUUCUUGUGGAGUCGGAGUCCAUUGAUCUGGGGGAUUUCUUUUUUCCGACGGGAAUGAAUACGAGGAGAUUUAGGAAUCUUGAGGAAUGCAUUGGAUGGCUGGGGAACCAGGUUUCUGGAGCACUUCAUAAACUUGGGAUAAAACCGAAGAACUCAUUUGUUUCUCUUAUAUUCCAAGAUCUUCUGGGCAGGACCGAGAUAUUGGCGAUGUGCAACCUCUUCAUUAAUGUCCUGUCAUUCAAGGGGAUUCUGAUCACGCCACGGAGUCUUUCCCAAGCGAUCGGAACUCUUUCACCAAACUGUGUUGUGGUGAAUGUCUAUGAAAACUACACGACGGUGUGUCUUGUGGAAGACUUCUGGAUGCUGGAUGGGAUCUGUGUAUCUAAAGAAAGCAACAAGGGAUUUGAGCUUGCCGACUCUAUAGACUUUGUCGACGAGUUCAACAAGAUCAAGGUGUUUGAGGAGAAAAAUAUCUUUUCUUGUGGGAAAUGUGAUUACAAGGACGAGACCGAGGAGAAGAUGGAAACACACUUUCAGCAACAGCACCAGAAGGAGAACGAAUGCCAUCCAGAUGUAGAUCCUCAGGAGCACUUCAAGAUGCAUUUAAAGAUGUAUGAUGAAAAGGGAGACAUCUAUGAGAUUAUAGGCAAGAGAAUAAACCAUGUCCUUAGUAAGGAAAAGAUGAAGAAGAUAGGAGGUAAGGUGAUAGUGUUUAACCAUGGGGGAACUCUGUUGUCAGAGACAUCUCUAAAAAAGGUCUUCGAGGAGUGUGGGAUUUAUCCUGAGGUUUGUAUGUAUCCGGACUCAGCCGAAGAUAUGAUAAUGAAUGUUAUGGGAGUGUUUUCAGGGCUGGACUGCAUCAAGGAGAUGUGGAUGACAGAUAAAGAGUGGAAUAGUACUGGGUUGCGGAUACUAAAGGAGAAGGUUCUUUUUAUCAUUUAA